AUGGAGGCAAGACAAGUAGUGAACGUAUCCUCUUCGUUGGCCGAUAGUCAAGACCUGGUGAUAGAAGUCCUCUCAAGAUUACCUAUCGAGUCUUUACUUAGGUUUAUGAGUGUGUCGCAAGAGUGCUUCAAACAUACAUAUGAUAAACCCCAUAAGAUUUCAAUGCUUGGCAAAGAAGAUACACAUUUGGUGGCAUUAGACCUGCCUGAAGGUGUCCAGCAUGAUAAGUUAAUACAUAUUGCAGGAUCUAGCAAUGGUCUAGUCUGCCUUCAUCCUCUGUACACUUCGAAGAAUCCUGAUCUGUACAAUUCGAAGGAAAAAAUCGUCGUAUGGAACCCAGCAACAAGAAAGCAUAGGUAUCUUCCUCAACCCUUGGCUUUUAAGGGACAGAAGGAGAGUACUCUUGAUCGACCACUGUUGGGUUUCGGAUUCAAUAACGACAAUGCUGCAGAGUACAAAGUGGUGAGGAUUUCCCGCAGCAUGGAUCCUGAUGCCGAUGGAAAGUUUCCAUACCUGACUCAAGUCUUCACCCGCACUGAAAAUUCAUGGAGAGAAGUUGACUGUGUUCCGCCACGCGACUAUCACUUUGAUUCAUACUCUUCGAUAUCUUCGAAUGGAGUGUUGUAUCGCUUGGCAAGGACCAAGUCUGAUAGGUUUGUUUUCUCGUUCGAUCUGCACGAUGAGGUAGUCCACACCAUGCCAAUGCCGCCUCGCUUCAGCCCCUCAUUUCGCUGUAUUGGCCAACAGCUCUUUACAUGGGAAAAUUCGGUUGCCAUUUUAACCUAUGAUGAAGGCCAGUAUGAUCUUUGGGUGAUGAAAAAGGUAUCCGGUACAUAA